UGAAAUUGAGCCUUAACUGUGUUUUACUUCCGUGAGACGCAUCCAGGAAAAAGUUCGGAAUGAAGUUUGUUAACAAAGCUCUCGCUUUGCUGUUUUUUUAUUGUUUCCUUCAAACUGACGCCUGGUUUAGUAGACGUCGUCGCCGUCGAGCCUGUAGUCCUCGCGAUUGUGAAGUCAGUUCUUGGUCUUCUUGGAGCUCUUGUAGUGCUGAACAAUGUGGACAACAAGGAUCACAACGACGGACGAGAUCACAAAUCACUGAGGUGAGUUGUGGAGGAUCAGAAUGUCCUACCUCAGAGGAAACACGGCAAUGCUAUGGUACACGAUCAGUGAACUGUCAGCUGAGCUCUUGGUCUACGUGGGGUGCCUGCUCGACAGCCUGCGGCGUUUCUGGCAUUCAAACCAGCACCCGUCACAGAGUAAUAACUGAACAGUGUGGCGGAACCUGCUCGUCAACUCUUCGAAAAACGCGAGCUUGUCCGGAACUCAGCUGUCUGAAUGGAGGAAAUUUACAACAAGGAACAUGCUUUUGCCAUAAAGACUAUUCUGGAGUCUGCUGUCAGAAAAAACGGAAGAAAGGUAAGAAGUAAAACAGUAAAGCAUUUGAUACACACUUUGGGUAUUCUUCAGUACAAAAACACAGUUCGAAGAUUUUUGUUAGAUAAUUAUUGAGAGCAUUAUGUUCAUGCAAGGUACAUGAAAAAGCUCAAAAAGCCUCCAUAAGACUCUCGUAUCAGAAUCUCUCACUGUGCAUACAAGAUAAACUGAAACAAAUUAAGUAAAAGAAACUGAGACUAUGGCUUUGAAAGUAAAGAACAAAUCUUGCGUUGCAGCCUGUAUUUAUAGUUUGACUACGCGACAAAUCACACUUAAGUCAAACAACAACAUACUAGAAGGCGACUUAGGUUUCUUAUCGUAGAAAAAGCAGAUGUACAGGUGAGAGUUUUCCCGUCGAUUACGCGUAGUUUUCUUAGGAAACGUUAAUUAUUUAUAGGAAUGGGAAUGAGUAAGAAAUUGGAGGGACCUAAAAUUCUAGCCACUGCAAAAAGGAGAGGUCCUGGCGUAAUUUAUCGUUAUGGUGACGGGUCUUGAAAUUUUAAACAGAUAAUGUCUUAAAAGAAGCAAAAAAAUGAAAAUGCAGUGUACCAGUAAGAGCGGAGUAUCCCAGAUUUAAUUGCUUGGCUUCCUUUGGGCCUUCUAUAUGAUUCUUCUUGAGCCCAACCUUACUGCAGUAUUUUGAUGCAGUCAUGGAGCAUUGGUUAUGAAUUUAAUUUGUGUAUUUGGUACAGCCCGCAUUUAUACGCAAGGCUACUUAAAAUGUUAACGUGCCAUAAACAUAUUGACCACUGCAGAAAAUGCCAUAACAUACCAAAAUACUCUUUGUUGGUCACUCCAAACUUUUGCAUAAACAUUGUAUCAGUUUCUCUUGGGGCCAUAUAACUCCUUCUGCAGUGGUCAGUUACUGCACUGCAACAGUAUUAAACCGAAUAACUCAAGUUUUAAUUCUAGUACCACAAAUGCAGGAGAUCGAAGUGCUUUUUACGACAUUAGCGCUCAGGGACUGUAACUUUGUUAUUUAUGGCUAAGGGGGAGCGAUGUUUAGAAAGGGAGGGGAUUUUCAACGCAGUGUAGAUGGAGGUUCCUUUUCGUUCGUUUUGUUUCAAUUCUUGUGUUGUCAUUUUGCACCGAUAUAUUAAAUUGAACUGUGGUUUGAAUUCCCUCCUAGUACCAAAGAACCUGGUCGGCAGUUAGUCUGUUCACAGACCCUCUAGUUAGUUUUCUUUUCAGAGAUUAUCGAGCGGGCGUAUGAAUAUAAAAAUACCGCGGGGUGGCAUAGUUCUCAUUUAGCCUUCGCCACAGACGAAACUAAAUUAAGUCCGUCGGCGAAACAGCCCCGAAAUCCUUGUUCUAGGUCUAACAUGAAGUGAUGGACGUUUUGUGCUUUUUGACAUCUGCGUGAAAGAAAAACCACAAAAUGUGUCCCGAUUUAAGGUGGCUCGACCCAGUAUUUUUGUAGUGACACCUUCCAUCUUUGAAUCUCUAAUACGAUUUGUUUAACGAUUUGAAAACAAAUAAAACUCAUCGUUAAUAACACAUUUAUUACACAUAGACUAAACUUUUUUAUGAUAUUAAUUUUUGGGCGAUCGGAAUCAAUAUCUCGUGAAAAAGACGUCACAAUAGUUUUAGCUCUAAAUCAAAUUUCUGCCCUUAUCGGCAUUUCACUGGGGCACUAGGAAAAUACCUGUUUGGAAGACGAUUUGAGAUCUAGAAUGUUCGGAACAUUUGUUGUAAACUUUCUUGCUUGCUGUAAACUUUGUAAACUUUCUUUCUUCCGUUUUCGAACAUCUAAAAAAUGGAAUAAUUGCCCAUUUUUAACGGAUUUUUACCCUAAAAAGGUCACCUAGAAUUUUAGGGAGCCUUUUUUCUGGCUGAAAUUUUCGAAAAGGUAAGUUUCGAUCCCUAUAAUUUUUGGAUCACUAGACUUUCAGCUAGGAAAUCCGAACAGAUGAAAAAUGUUUAGGGGAUAAAAAUAUGCCUAUAUCUACCGUUUAAAAUACUAAAAUACGUUCAACAAUGCUAUGUUUUUGAACUACAGUCGACUCCCGAACAAAAGGUUCGAGUUAUCGGGAGUUCGAAGAAAAUAGCCGAGAGUGAGGUAAAAAAACAGUUUUUACUGUACAGUGAACAUUUUAAUCACAUUUAAUUGUAGAAAUGUCAAGUGAAAAUUAAAGGAUACUUCUGGAUUAUAAAUCAGAACGUAACGUAACAAAACAUAGCCUAAAUAGAGCAUGCGUUUUACUGUUUUGAGUAGAAAAACUGCUUCAGUUAGCCUCAGGUGACAAUCAACAUCAGCCUCCACUAGUAAACUAUCUCGGCUCCUACAACGCGUCAGUAGGAAAUCCAAAAUUCAAUGUUUCGGACGCCAGUAGACCGCUUUUUUCCCGUCUUUUUAAGGGCUCAAAACAUGGUUCGAGUUAUCGAGGGUAAAAUUAUAUAGAAAAUGACCUGAGAGGAAACGAAAAUUGGUUCGAGUUAGCGGGAGUUCGAGUUAUCAAGGGUUCUAGUUACCGAGGGUAAAAUUACAGUAAAUGUAUGACGGAAAUCCAGGGGAAAUUGAUUUUGGUUCGAGUUAGGGCGAGGUUCGAGUUAGCAAGGGUUCGAGUUAUCGGGAGUCGACUGUAUAUUCUGGUUGGGUGCUCCUGAUUUCAUUUUGGAAAUGCUUUACACUACCAAAAGACUAUAAAGGGGACAGAGAGGGCAUCCCCCAUAUACACCCUUUUCCAUAGGUAAUUCGUCUCGAGUUAUUUUUAGCACCACAGAUCUCAAGGGGGAUUAGACAACAGCCAAUCACAUAGCGCGAAUGUGUUCCGCGUGGAUGACCCACGCUGAGAGCCACGCGUCCUUCACGAAAUGACGCAGAACAAAAUGGGGGAAAACGCGGAGAGCGAUUUUGCUAUUCCUUUUGUAGACGAAAACGACUACAGCGAGAUUUCUGCGAAAGCUGUGUCAGCGAAACCGAAAUUAAAAAAGAAUCGCCCUUCCUCUCUUGUAUAGAGCUAACAGUAGAGCAGGGAAAUCCUUAACACACUGAAUAUUCUCUCAGGAUCAUUUAUAAUUUACAGUUUGAAGAGAGCAAUUUCUGGUUUGAUGUUUAUUUUUUUCAGUCUUUAUAGCGAUUAUUCCUACCCACUUACUUUGUCAAUUGUAGGCGAACCCUUAAAGCUGAAUUUCAAGGGACCAUAUUCAAGCUCAGAAAGAGAAAUAAAAUUUCGUCGUUGCUUAUUUACGUCCUCCAUAAAACGCGAAAUUAGGCAUUUUCACGUCGUAGUCGUGCAAAAACGGGAAAGAAAUGAACAAAAAAGUGUGUUGCACGUGCGAAGUUGUUGUUUUGCUAAUUAAACCUAUUGUUUUUUUGACGUUUUAGUUGUCGUCCGCGUCGUUGGAUCUUAAACUCCCUAAAUUGUACAAACGACCGGUUUCAAUAGACCGGCGAAAUUUCUCAUUUUAUUAAAGCACUGAGGUUACGACAACUUCGAGUUAAACUGGUUUCACGGGUUGUCAAAGGGUCCAGCGAUUCCUUUUUCCCAGGUGAGCGCCGACUCAUUUCGCUUCAAUAUUCAGGAAUGCUCUCGAUCUUUUUACGCUUUCAUUGCCUCUUGCCCGACAUGUUUUGCACGGCGUUUGGUCAUGCGAAACCUUCACGAAACAUCCACGCCUCGGGCGAGGUAACUUUAUCCCGAUUCUAAAAAUAACUCGAGACGAAUUACCUAUAUAUGGAAUAGGGUGUAUAUGGGGGAUGCCCUCUCUGUCCCCUUUAUAGUCUCUUGACACUACCUAUUAUACUUUAAGAGGAAUUUCGAGACAUCUUCGAAUUUCUACCAAAAGGUAUAAAUUAUCAAAAACUGAUAGCUGGACUUAAAAAUUUUUAUCACUCAUUAGUUUUACAAAUGACCUUUAUACACUUUACAACCGGCUGAAAGCAAGUAGACUUGAGCGAUUUCGAAAAAAAAACAUGAAAGCAUGUGAAACAGUAAAACACAAUGCUGAGCUCUUUUUGUCUUCUAAGCUACUUCCACGAAAAGAGCGAUGAAAACAAAAUUCGUCGAAAGAUUUUCUUUAAAACAUCUGAAACAUUUCAGUGCUACAAUUGAUCAGUGUACUAUAAAACCCCCGAAUUUCAUGUAGGCGCAAAAUUGAAUAAAUAUUGAAGCGAUGUCAUAGAUCUGGCUAAGUUUUUGCUGUGGGAUUUCCUAUUGGCUCGAGUUUAGCACAACAUCUAAUACCUAUGCAGCACGCGAAAAUUUACCGCGCUUCGUUGCGCUCCCAUUCUAAAGCAUUACCAUAUUUCGGAAAGAUUUCAGAGGGCAACCAAGUGCGGUAAAUUCUCGCGUGCUGCAUGAGAAUUAAAUAGAUUUUAUGCUAAACUCAAGACAAUAGGAAAUCCGAUCACCCAAAAAAUAACAUCAUAACAAAGUUAAGUCAACCGUAAAUGACUGAUUAAACGCCGCUACUUGAAUAAGCGCCGCGGCGCUAGUUUUGGUAUUUACAAAUUAAGUUAAAACUCCCCACCUUUGUUACAGAUCUCGAUAUAAAGAGAUUAAAAACCAUAUCGUCUGAGAAAUGACCUCGACCAACUAGCAACUCGUGAGUUCUAAAGUUUUUAUGCAGGGAAGCUCUUGAAACCAGGUUCAUAUAACAGUUCGAGGUGUACGUAUUUUGUAUUAAAUUGUGCAUACCUAGUACGCGCCUCAGUUAAUUCUCUCUAUAUUCCCCUCAGUGUUUUACCCUUGGUUGAAAUAAGCUCCGCUCUAGUACAAGCGCCGCACCUAUAACAAGGAAAAUGAAAUAAGCGCCUCGGCGCUUAAUACUUAAUCGAUUAUUCACGGUGCGUGUCAUACAUAUGCUAUAAUGUUUUUACGAUAAAGAUCAAUUUGUCGUCGUUUAAGAGAUUCAAAUAUGGAAGGUGUACCUGCAAAAAUACUGGGUCGGGCCACCUUGAUGGAAAUUGAUUUUAUUUGGAAUUUUUCCAUGUGCUCAGCCGAUUUAACUUGCCACGGAUUCACGGUUCAGUUAGUGUUACGCGAAUUGCUUUUAACUAUUAACUGAUGGGUCUUCAAAUACAAAUUUUCAAGAAAUGGUUUAUCUGUCAUUGUUCGUUCAUAACAUUAGCUCAAAACACGAUCGUGAGACCACAGAUCGAGAAUCUUUGAUAUUUUUAGAAACAGAUCAGACGAGCGUUCUCAUCUCCAGAACUCAUCGUUUCUUGGUCACGUGGUUUGGUUACAAAUUAAGCCGAGUCGCUCCAGGGACGAGAAUAAUCAGACGUUGAACCUGAUGGUGUUGUUCUUGUACUUGUUCCAUUGAAUCGUUAUUUAUUUUCUUAUUCAUUACUUGCCAUUCAAGAAUUUGGCAGUAUAUUACUCUUUAUACAUAACUCGUGCCCUGUAUAACGCCUUAAUGAAGUUUAUGAGUUUCAGUUACACUUUCUAUUCUCGCUGAAAAAAUUAAACUAAUUAAGCUUACCUAAAAUAUAAAGAAUUCACGGCUACUUUCUUCUAACGACAGACUCGUCGGCUUUCGGAACCCGAGUUUACCUUGCGGUGUUUUGGGUGUACAAGACUAUUAACUCGAUGUAAGUUUUGUUUCAUUCUUCGACUGUUUGGAAAUUAUAUUUUCUCUAAAAUCACCCAGCCCCCGCUUCCUCCGAAAAGUCAUAUCGAUCUCUAAAAUGAAGUGACUUGUAGAUUACGAGUUAACUGUUUGAUUUAAAUUAUAAAUAUUAUACCAGAGCUUCGCUUUUAGCCCUGGCUAAAAUAGAAAUUUUAUCUCUAUACAAAAGAAAAUUCUCUGUUUUUGUUUUCGUUUACAAUACAAUACAAUACAAUAGUUUAUUGAUACUCCCCUGGUGGGGCUUUUCAGUGACAAUGCGACUAAAAAAAAAACUAAUUAAGAUAAGAGAAGUAGUUAACAAUUCGAUUAAAAGGAAAGAAUGCGGUGAACAAAGCAAUACAAACAUACCUAUUUAAGAAUUAAUCGUAUAAUAAAUAUUCUCACUACGUACUAUACAAUAUGCAUAUUUUAAGUUAAAAUAAAAUAAGAUACUAGUAAGAUACUAAAAUACUAUCAUAACGUGCUAUUGAAAAAGUCAGUAAUCAACUUAUUUUUCAGACAAAAUUUAAAAGUAGAAAUCGAUUUUGCAGUUUUAAGAGUACUGUCUAGAUUGUUCCAAAUGUGCACCAUGCGGUAGUGGAAUGGGACCAGUUGUUCGAACGCCGGUUAGGGCUAACCUGGGGUUAAAUUUUAACCCGGGGUUCUUUUUCUUUUUAUUCAAAGCAUUCCCUCGGAUAAUUUUCUCUAUUCUUUUUAUAGUAUCCAGUCCUCAAAUUGUAGGCAAAGAGAAUUAAAUUGAAUUUGCUUUUUAAGCUCUUAUAGCUGAGUUCAAAUUUCUCUCUAACCCUGGGUUAAUUAUCUUAACCCAGCUUCGAACAACCCGAUCUAGCUCUGAAGUCUGAUACAACCCUGCUGAAUUUGUCUAGGGCGACGUUGUUUGUUUUUGAUUAUCCAGAAACUACUAAAAGCAUAUUUUCAUACCUUUAGGUCUCAGUGGUGGAGAAAAAGGAGGAAUUGGUGCUGGCUGCGCGAUGGUAGUGAUCAUCAUCAUUGGUGUUUGCCUCAAGGUCGUCUUAAAAAAAUAACAGUGUGGGUCCUGCAGGCGGUGUUAAUAUAAACCAUUCUUUUAUCUGUUUUAACAAAUAAAGGAACAACCACAAGGUUCUCCGAAGAGGAAAUAAUUUAAGAGUUGAACGUAACGACAGCAACUGUAGUCGAUAUUAAACUUCUCCUAAGUAAGGAAAAGAGAGUAUGCUGUAGGCAUAUAUUACAUUAAAAAGUACCUUGACACCUGGAAGCGCGACUAGAAAAAUCGCCGUUUGUUAUGACGAGAGUGCGUUCAAUGGGUAUUCGAUACAUUUCGCUAUGCUUAAUUGAGGGCAAAGAAGGUCAUUUGUUAUAACAGAGGUUCGUUGUACAGGGUUUUAACUUUAGUUAUACGAUUAUGAAACAUUUAACCUGGAUAAUUAUUAGAGUUAGAUGGAGUCUCUGAUCCCAAACUUUAAGAUAUCAUGUAUUUGUUAAUGAUCGAAUUGAUAAUCGAAUUUGUGAACUCUAAUUUGUGUCUUAUUUACUUCAUGUUACAGUUAAUUAAUUUCAAUUGUCGUUAUAAUUUCAAUUAUCGCUGUGAUUUUGAAAUUGUUCUCAGGGUUUGUUGUACGCUUUUGCAAUGCUGUAAAGAUUUCGGUCAUGC